GAAUUAAUAUAUGUUUUCACACCCCUCUACAUGAAGAUGAGCAGAGAAGCUGUAUCUCUGUGUGCACUGAACAAGACAUUAAACAGGGUGGAGAAUAAACUACAGUGUAUUCAGGCCCAGUUUAUUGUGCUAGAUUCUAGCAUGCAGAAAUUAUCAGAGAAAUUGGAGUUUCAAAGUACCACCCUGGGGAAUCAAAAGGACCAAAAUGAAAUGUGGGCAUCACUGCUUGAGGACAGAUUUACUUCUGUUGAGGCAAACCUUUUCUACAGCUAUGUCUGUGAAACUAUUCAUUAUUUACAUUCUCAAGUACUAGAAAAGUUACCGGAUCUGGUUGGAGCCCUUCCUACUCUGUCAUCUAUCCUGAGGAAGAAAGGCAAAAACCAAAGAAUUAGGACGGCAUGGGAGUCAGUACUGGAGAGACUUGGACUGCAAGAAGGAAAUGUUAAAGCACUCUGUGCCUUUUUCACUUUAUAUAGCUAUGAUGCUUGCUACUAUCCAGUUAAUCAAAGACAAAAUUACUCCACUGACAUCAGCUCUGUUAUAACAAAAGUGGUGAAGAACCAGCUCCUUCAGCACAGUCUGCUAAGUGCUGUCCGUAUGGUGGAGGAUGGGAAAGCUUGGGGAGUUUUCCAAAACCAAAAGGCACUUUCCAAAAAAUAAUAUUUUAUUUAAUGAAGUG